GUUAAAUUAUAAACCAUACGAGAGAGAGGUAACCUGAUAAUAAUGGAUAGAAUAUCACAUUAGACUUGGAGUCAGAAGACCUUUCUGAUCAAGAAUUGGCUCCUUCAUUUGAACUAUAUGACUUUGGAAUAGUUCAGAAAACCUCAGUUUUUAAGAUCUGUGAAUGGAUCAGGUAUCUGCCUGCAGUAUGUGUGUUACCUUUGAUUGCUAAAUAAAUAUAAGUAAGGUGUUAUUAUUAUAAAAAUUGAGUUCACUGGUUUUUAGACAUACCUAUUUGAUUUUUGAUUCCCAUUGUAAGUCUUAAGUUUGGCUCCAAGUUAUUUUUCUAAGAAUCUUGUCUCUGUAACAUGCUUAGCACAGUGUCUAGCAAUUGUAGCUACUGUAAACGAUAGAUGUCAUUAUUACACUUAUUAAAUCAUCAAAAUAGUGCUCGCUUUGCAGCACGUAUACUAAAAUUGGAACAAUACAGAGAAGAUUAGCUUGGCCCCUAAAAAAAAUAAAAUAAAUCAUCAAAAUAGGGUAUGGACUUUGAGGGCAACCAGAGCAGCAUUGUUGGGUGGUACAUUAGCUGCUUUAAAGAGGACAAAGCUCUUGCGAAUAUGGAAAGUCUAAUUAUCAUAGCCUCCUUGCAUAGAAAUUCCUCAGGUUAUUAUUUUUUUUUACAACAUCAUUGAGGUACACAUAAUUGGCAUACAGUAAAACUCUAUAACAUUAAACUGUACAGUUUGAUGGGUUUUGAUAAAUGUAGAUACCCAUAAAACCAUCACUCCCAAAGGUUUUCUUGUGGUCUUUUUAAAAUCGUUUUCCCCCUCCCCCUCCCCACUCACUGCUAUCUCUAGGCAAUCACUGAUCUUCUUUCUCUGAGUAUAAGUUAGUUUGCAUUUUCUAGAAUUUAUAUAAAUGGAAUUAUUCAGUGUAUACUCUUUUUUGGUCUGGUUUCUUUGACUCAGCAUAAUUUUUGAGAUUCAUCCAUGUAAUGUGUGUUGAUAAUUCCAGGCCAAUAAUCUGAAUAAUUUAUCCUGUUGAUUUUGUUUGAUAUCGUUUUUUCUUAUUUGACAGACUUGUGGCGUAGGGAAAGUCGGUUGCUAGAUGUGAAACCUUGGAGGCGACAAGAAGUUUUACCCUACCUGUGAGACAGAAAGUUUUCAAAAUGGGAUUGGUCAAGCCUAUCUUAAUCAUAAUUUCUGAGUUACCUAAAUUCUAAUUGGUAUUGGGCAGAAAAUUAGUGAUGAGACCUUAAUUAUUGGUGUUUCGUGUAUGUGGGAGGAAGACCUUAGCUUAGGGUGAAUCUGUGUUUUGGUGUGUUUUGUCUUUUGUCUGAUUUAGUCUUAUAUCUUUACCUUUCUAUUGGAAACUAUUUUUAUGCUUUAAGUUUAAACCAGUUAUUUAUUCCAAAUUUUGAACAGUAGAGUGGAGGCCUGGUGUCCACUGUAAAGUGAAUAGUAAUUUUGAGUACCAGCAUUUUUUUUCCAUAGCACAUGGUCUGUAUUAUAUUUUGUCUCUUUCUAGGUAUUCAGUUUUCUUUUAGAUCCAUGACUAUUUCUAAGCCAUAAAGCAGAACUAGUUCCCAUCUAUAGGGUAUCAAAAUAAACCUAGGGUAAGUGAUGGCGCAUAAGAUCCCUUUGGAGUUCAAGAAACAGAGCUGUAUGUCCUGAAGUCUGUUUCAUGGAGGGGGAAGGAAAUGUGUGGGUGCUGGAAGGGGAAGAAAAAUAUAAAUCAUGUUCUCACAUAUUGAUACCCUCUCCUCAGAUCUGACACGAUGGCAUCUGAUGACUUUGAUAUAGUGAUUGAGGCCAUGCUGGAAGCUCCCUAUAAAAAAGAAGAGGAUGAGCAGCAAAGGAAAGAGGUUAAAAAGGACUGUCCCAGCAAUACCACCAACAGCACCAGCAGCACCGGCAACAGUGGCAGUGCUACCAGUGUGAGCAGCACUGCUGGGGAGACAAGCAAGAAGAAGAGGAGUCGGAGCCAUAGUAGGAGCAGGGAUAGAAAACGCAGUCGUAGUCGAGACCGGGAUCGACAUAGACGGAGAAACAGUCGGAGCAGAAGUCGGGAUCGUCAGCGUCGUCACCGCAGCCGGAGCUGGGAUCGUCGGCAUACUAGUGAGUCACGAAGUCGGGACCGGCGUCGUGAAGAUCGCGCGCGCUACAGGAGUCCUCCACUUGCCCCUGGACGGAUGUAUGGACACAGUAAGAGUCCUCAUUUCAGAGAGAAGAGCCCAGUCAGGGAGCCAAUUGAUAAUCUGAGUCCUGAGGAGCGUGAUGCUCGCACAGUUUUCUGUAUGCAGUUAGCUGCCCGCAUUCGGCCUCGAGACCUAGAGGACUUUUUCUCUGCUGUUGGCAAGGUUCGUGAUGUGCGUAUUAUCUCAGAUCGGAACUCCCGUCGUUCUAAGGGCAUUGCCUAUGUGGAAUUCUGUGAAAUCCAAUCUGUGCCACUGGCCAUUGGGCUGACUGGACAACGGCUGCUGGGAGUACCUAUCAUUGUACAGGCUUCUCAAGCUGAGAAAAACCGACUGGCUGCCAUGGCCAACAAUCUGCAGAAGGGCAGUGGUGGACCAAUGCGCCUCUAUGUGGGUUCCCUGCACUUCAACAUCACUGAGGACAUGCUUCGGGGCAUCUUUGAGCCCUUUGGCAAAAUUGAUAAUAUCGUUCUGAUGAAGGACUCAGAUACAGGCCGCUCUAAAGGUUAUGGUUUCAUUACAUUCUCUGACUCUGAGUGUGCCCGGCGGGCCCUGGAACAGUUGAAUGGCUUUGAGCUUGCUGGUCGACCUAUGAGGGUUGGCCAAGUGACUGAGCGACCGGAUGGUGGCACAGACAUCACUUUUCCUGAUGGGGACCAGGAGCUGGAUCUGGGAUCAGCAAGUGGACGUUUGCAGCUCAUGGCCAAAUUGGCAGAAGGUUCUGGGAUCCAGCUACCAACCGCAGCUGCUGCUGCCCAAGCUGCUGCCCUGCAGCUGAAUGGAGCAGUUCCCUUGGGGGCCCUGAACCCAGCAGCUCUGACUGCUCUGAGUCCAGCCCUGAACCUUGCCUCCCAGGCAAUCGCCUCCCAGUGCUUCCAGCUCUCCAGCCUCUUUACCCCCCCGACCAUGUAAAUCAGUGGCACAGUAUACUGCUUCCCGGUGCCUCUGGGUCCCGCCACUCCCUUCUCCACAUCUCUUCCACGGCCCCAUCUCUCCAUUUUAUGGACCAAGCCAUUCUGAGGGCAUGGACAUUAACUCUGAGGGAAUUGGGGCCACCCUUAGAUACAAAGAAGAGCUCCUGCCUAUGGGCCCACUGGAAAUGGACUCUGCUGAGCAAAGCCCCCAGUUGAAGAGAACAGAAUCUACACCUACAUUGAGUACCUGUUUCUCCGUGUGUAUCGUCUCUGAGAUGAUUCUCUUGCCCUUUCCAAUCACCUUAGUGAUUCCAUGAUUCCUCCCCCAUUGGGAAGGCCAUAGGGCAUUAACUGAAGAAACUAACCUCUCUCCUUUUUCCAUACCUUUUACCCUAAAAUCUGUCAGGGACCUAAGAAUCAAGAGGACUUUGGAGUUUAGAGGGUGGACCUUGAAGGUGCUGGCUUUCUGUUACAAGGGCCCUAGAAGAUAGCAUGGACAUACGCAUUGUGAAGCUUUCCUUAGACCUCAGCUUGGUACAGCUUGAGGCCAGAAACUACUGUAGGCUCAGCAGCUUGCUGGGUGGCAUGGGAGUUGAUCUAUCCUGCCAGGCAUUUUGGAUGCCUUUAGAGGCUUUCAGAAGUUUCAUAAAAGGUGGGCUACCUUUCCAAUAUCUUCCAACUUCCUUGUACUUCUUCCCAGUGCAAGUAUACUUGUACUUCCUCCCAGGUUGUCCUCCCUUUGGCCCAGGGUGGUAGGAUGGAGGGAGGCUGCUACUCUCUACCACUUCCUGUGUUCCUCCAUUGUGGCCUCAACCCUGGCAGUUAAAGCCUUUCCCAUCUCCUACCUGGGCACAUGUGAGCCCUUCUCACUGGAUUUUAUACCCUCUGUCUGUGUAUAUAAAUAUAUAUAUAUAAACUUUGUACAAAAAGCAAGCCCCCUUGUGGUGGUAGCUGCUGCCCAUAUGUUUGUGGUGUGUGUUGGUGUGUCUGUCUGAUGUUAACGUCUCAUGAGCCAAAACCAUGAUGGUUGUAGGAAUAUAAAACAUUUGUAAUACCA